GUGACCAAAGCGGUCAGAGCCGGAGAAGUAGACGCAAAGACCCGUCGCCAAAUCUUUGACGCAAUUGGAUUCACGUUUCCGAAUCGCCUGCUCACCUCCAGGCAGCCCCCAGCAGGCUGCCCCGAGCACACCUUCCGGGCACUGGGCCUUACUCUCUUGGCGUGUUUCUGCACCGAUCCAGAGUUAGCUGGUCACUCCCAGGUCCUGAACAAAAUCCCAACCUUCAACGAGAUCCUGGUUUCCCCCUGCAAUCCAGACAGCACGUCCAUGAUCGAUGAUGCAUACCAGUGUCUGAGUGCUGUCAUGGCCACUACCAGGGGCCCCAGAAUGCUGGUGACCAAAGGGACGGUGUCUGCCCUGUGCCAGGCCUACGUGAAUUGCAGUUACGGCUCUGACCGUGCCUUGACGCUGCUCUUGGGGCUUUUGGCCAUAGCAGAGGAGAACUGCUGGCAGAGAGACGCUUCACACCUCCUGGCCGUGCUGAGCAAGCUCUCUGAUGAGUUUCUCAAGACUGAAGACAUGACCAAAUUUGAGCUGUGUGAGGUUCUGCCUCGCUUUGUCCCCCUGUCACCACCGCUCACACAGGACUCGCAGGGCUCUGAGUGCCUCCAUAGACUUUACAAAGGGCUGGCUAACAUCUUGGGCAGCAAACUCAGCCAGUCGCAGCGGGACCCUGCUCUGAAGCUUGCUGCCUGCCUCGUGCAGGCCUGUGGGUCAGAGUGGAUCCCAGCAGGGAGUGCGGGAAGCAAGUUCCUGGCCUUGCUGGUAAACUUAGCUUGUGUGGAGGUCCGCCUGACCCUGGAGGAGCCAGGUCCCUUGGAGGUGGAGGGGAAGAAAGAAGUGAUAACAGCCUGCUACAUCCUUAUUGAGAUGGGGAUCCAGGAGUGCCUGAGAGAAGAGAAACCACUGCUAGAAGAGGUGCAGAAAAUGCAGCUCAUGCGGAUCAUGGAGGAGGCAUUUGGAGCUGUCAUAUUCUACCUGAAACAGGUUAAACAGGAGGAGCUGCAAGAUCCUUUCGUGUUUGCUUCUGUUCGAAUCCUUGGAGCCUGGAUGGCAGAAGAGACAUCCUCCCUCAAGCAGGAAAUCUGUGAGCUCCUGCCUUUCCUUGUUCAUUAUGCCAAGAAGCUUUUCAAAGGGGGCAGCCCAGCAGCGAGUCUUCCCCAGCCGGAGCUGGUCAGCACCGAGGGCUCUGGCUUACCCCAGGAUGCUCUGAGAUUUCUGCUACCUGGCUUUUGCCAUUUAACAGCAGAGGACAGGCCCCGGGACAUCCUCAUCUCAGAAGGGGCACCAGCACUGCUGUUUGAGUACUUCCUGCAUCAGUGGGAGGUGCUGACCUCCGAGCCCACGUCCCUCACUCCGCUGACAAGCGCUGAAAUGAGUCUACAGACCACGUGUGGGAUUUUCCUUAACCUGGUUGUGACUGCACCAGACCUCAUCAGGCGAGACAAAACCUUUUCCUCCUUGAUGGACGUGUUGCUGAAGUCUCUUCCGCUUCUGCUGCCCCAGAAAGAUCACCUGGUUCUAGCGGCCAACGUCGCCACUCUGGGCCUGAUGAUGGCCAGGAUCCUUGCAAGUUCAGCGGUUCUUCAGGGGACGCCGUCUGCCGAGGAGUUUUUCAGAGCCGCCGUUCGCUUCCUCUCGCAGGCCCACACCGCCCAAGCAGACCCCGGUAGCGACGGCUCAGCCGCCGCCGUGUCGCCUGCCUACGCGAGUGCCUGGGCUGAUGUCGGUGAGCUCUGGUUUUUUUUUGCCAGCGUCGUCCCCCUCUCCCCCUGCCUGCCGCAAGCCGUCCUCCAGGCGCGGUGGCUGGAAGCCCUCUCGGACUUGCUGGCCCACGUCGCUCCAGCCUCGGUGGAUUUUGAGCUCAUCACCGCUUUCCAGGGCGUGCUGGUAGAGCUGGCCAGAGCCAGCAAGCCGUGCAGGGACGUGAUUCUGUCACACCACGGCAGGGAGUGGGCCAACCUUUACGGUAUGGCAGCUUUGGAACAGUGUCUGUCUGAGCAAUGAAGAGCCAGCAGCGCCCUGGUGGGGGAAAUGAAGCCAGACACCU